AUGACUAAAAAAAAAAUAAUAAUUUAAAGAUAAUUAUCUCGACAAUCGAUUGAAUAAAAAAUAAAUAAAUAAUAAUGAUUGUUUGUAAUUAAUAAUAAAAUAAAGAAACGGUAGGGGAAAAAAAACUACUACAUACAAACUGGGUGGGCGAUUUGCCACACGUUAGAUUUAGUCGUACCCGAAGGGGGUUUGGCGUUGGAUCUUAAACAUUUUAAAUAUCUCAAAAGACAUUUUAGUGCUGUGAAGUUGACACGAGGAUAGGUCGUAGUGGUUUAAAAUUCAGCUGUCUUAACGACAGUUUGAUAAAACUAGUUUAGUGAAACUCAGUGAAACAACGAAAUGAUGGUCUCAACAACGACACAGCCAAGAAUUGUGUUCGUUGUAGGCCUUUUUAUAGCAUUUUUUGCAAUUUCCUUGCAGGUUGUGCAAAGUGAUGAGCAAUCUGAUUCAGUUAUUUCUGAGGUUCAAUGUCGACCAUACAUCGAAAAAGCACUCAAAGGUCGAGAAGCAGGAUCUGUAGAUGAAGGCAAUGUAGAUGAAAAAAAUUAUGUUGAAUCACCACAUUCUGAAGAAAAAAAAGAAGACGAGGCCGAAAACGAAGACGAAAAAGCCUCAUUAGAGGCUGGUCAUGAUGUUAAAGACUCUGGUGAAGAUAGCAAAGAAUCAGGAGAUACAGAAGAUUUGAAUAAAUCAAAUGAAUCUAAUGAAGAAGUUAAGGUUGAAAACGAAGAUGAAGAAUCAAAAGAAAAAAAUUAUCAAAGUGUUGAAUCAGCUGAACAAAAUCAGUCUAAUGAAGAUUCCGUAGAGGCAAAUCAGCAACAUGAAAAUGUCGAUAAUGAACAAGAUUCAAAAGAAUCUUCUGUUGAAUCUGAUGAAAAUAAAUCAAGUGAUAAUGGACAAGAUUCAAAAGAAUCUGCUGUUGAAUCUAAUGAAAAUAAAUCAAGUGAAGAUGCUGUAAAAGAUGAUGGAGACAAAACAGAGGAAGAAAAAGAUGAUUCAAAAUCUACAGAAACAGUGGAGGUAGAGGAAGAAAAAAAAGAUUCUGCUGAUGUUUCCGAUGAGAUAUUUAAAACAUCUGAAGAAACUACAGAUACAAAAAGUGAUGAAACAAUUGAAGAAAUUUCUGUAUUUUUAGAAAAUAAAACUGAAGAUUCAAGUGAAUCUGGUGAAGUUAAAAGUUCUACAGAAAAUGAUAGUAAAGAAAAUGAAAAUGGUACUGUAGAAAGUGAAGAAAAAAAAGAUGAAUCGUCGGAAGAAAAAACUCAGAUUGUUGAUGAUGCUAGUGAAGAAAAUGAUCAACAAUCUGAACGACAAAAACGUGAAGCAGUUGAUGAUAAUAAAUCGGCAGAAAAGUCUGAAGAAAAACCUGAUGAUAAAUCAGCAGAAAAAUCUGAUAAUGAAUCUGAAGAAAAACCGGAUGAUAAAUCUGAAGAAAAACCUGAAGAACAAUCUGAAGAAAAACCAGAUAAAUCUGAAGAAAAACCUGAUGAUAAAUCUGGAGAAAAAUCUGAAGAAAAAUCAGGAGAAAUAGUUGACGAUAAAUCUGAAGAAAAAUCUGAAGAAAAUGACGGAACAGAAUCCAAAGAAAAUGAUAAAUCAGAAGAAAAUGAACCAACACCCGAAGAAGAUUUAAUUCAAGAAAUUGAAAUACCAAAAAAUUUACGACCAAGAGAGCAUAUAAAUCAAAUUUUAAAAUUAGAUCAAGAUAAUGAAGAAAAAGAAGCUGCUAUUCAAAAAGCAUCAGAUGUUGUUCUUAAAGAAUUAAAACGACUUUAUGAUACCGCAAUUAAACCACUUGAAACACUUUAUAAAUACAGAGAUCUCAGUAAUCGACACUUUGGUGAUCCUGAAAUAUUUUCAAAACCAUUGGUAUUGUUGAUGGGUCCUUGGAGUGGUGGAAAAUCUUCAAUUAUAAAUUAUUUAUUGGACAAUGAAUAUCAACCAACAGCGCUUCGAACAGGUGCUGAGCCAUCACCAGCAUAUUUCAACAUUCUUAUGCACGGUGAAGAGCAAGAAGUCUUAGACGGUACGCAACUUGCUGCUGAUUGGACGUUUUCUGGUCUUCAAAAAUUUGGUCAAGGCAUGUUGGAUCGUCUCAGGGGUCUCAAGCUCAAUAAUAAAUUACUUGAAAAGGUAAACAUUGUGGAAAUACCAGGAAUUUUAGAAAUACGCAAACAAGUUCAACGACUUUUUCCUUUUAAUGAUGCUUGCCAAUGGUUUAUUGACAGAGCUGACAUAAUUUUUUUGGUUUAUGAUCCGUCAAAAUUGGAUGUUGGCCCAGAAACUGAAGCAAUUCUUGAUCAGCUCAAGGGUCGUGAAUAUCAGACAAGAAUAAUUUUAAACAAAGCAGACCAAGUAAAACCUGAAGAAUUGAUGAGAGUACAAGGUGCUUUAAUUUGGAAUAUUUCACCAUUAAUGUCAAGUGCUGAACCACCAGUUAUGUACUCAACAUCACUUUGGUCAUUGCCAUAUGAAGCUGGAGCACCAACUCGACUACUUUAUGCACAAGAACGUGCGUUUUUACGUGAUUUAAGAUCAGCAAUUGACAAACGAGUUGAACAUAAAAUUGCAAGUGCAAGAAGAUUUGCUGUUCGUGUUAGAAAUCAUGCUAAAAUGGUAGACUGUUAUUUAACUACUUACUUCAAUCACAAGACUUUCUUCGGCAACAAAAAAGACACAAGUGAUAAAAUUAUUGAAAGUCCUCAAGACUAUCAUAUUUAUGAGGGCCUAAGCACACUAACAAAUAUCUCACGAUAUGAUCUACCUGAUCCAGAUGUUUACCGAGAUUUUUUCCGUUUAAAUGCUUUACAUGAAUUUCAACCAUUGAGCUCAACAUGCACGUAUUUUAGAGGUUGUCCAAUAAAUAGGCUUGAUGUUGCAAUUGCUUAUGAUCUACCAGAACUCGUUGGUAAAUACAGAAAAUUGGUGGAAUCUACUUUGAACGAAAACAACAACACCAACAGCCAACAAUCAACAAGUUGAAAAAAAAUUACUUAAAAAAGUAUAAUUUUUUUUUUUUUUUUUUUCGCUUUUCAAUAAUUUAAAAAAUAAAAUAUGAAAUUUUUUAAAUCUUGAAGAGUUGUUUAGUUGAGAAAGUUUGAAUUUUAUGACUUUAUGCGAAUGAAGGAGAAAAAAUAAAAAACUUAUCACGUUUGUAUACUGAAUCAAUUAAUUGUACAAUAACUGCGAUGAAAGUUUUAUUGAUACAGUAAACAACGUCAGGCUGCAGGCAGCCAUUGAAAAUUUCAUUCAUAAAAAUCUAUUGAAUUUUAAAAAAUAAUAUAUAUGACAUUAAAAUUUUAGUUUGAAAAGAGA